AUGCAGGUGAACUUAGUUGAUUGGCUGAAAAGGAUGGUUGCAAAUAGAAACCCGGAGGCAAUUUUGGAUCCCAAGCUAUCUGAAAAGCCUUCUACAAGGGCAUUGAAGCGGGCUCUUUUAGUAGCUUUACGCUGUGUAGAUCCAAAUGCACAGAAGCGACCGAAAAUGGGGCACGUGGUACAUAUGCUUGAAGCUGAAGAAUCUCCCUUUAGAGAUGAUCGAAGAGCUGGGAGGGAGCCAGGGCGUGCACAUCAAGACAGUCCAAAGGGUGGAUCGAAGGAGAAGCACCAGACAGAGUCAGGUGACAACAGUGGGUGUGAAAGUGGAGUUCAUGCCGAUGGUUCAUGA